AUGCAGUUCACUGAAGAGAAGGCCGCGGAGGUCAAAUCUUGGGUUGUGAAGAAACUUGAAGAUAUCUCCGAUGCAGAUUCGGAAGUAUUGGCCGACUAUGUUCUUGCCUUGAUUUCUACGGAUGCCCCGGACGAUGAGAUAAGGAAAGCGUCAGUGGAGAAUCUCGAAGACUUUUUGAAAGAGAACACCGUCCCCUUUGUCGAUGAGAUCUUUGAGAAGUUUCACCCCAGACCUGAGCAACAAGCCCUGCCUUCCAACACCCAACAGGCCGAUAUGUCUUCUCCCAUCCAAAAUUCUUCUUUCGGCCAACAUCCUCCAAGUGCAGAUAUGAUGACUCAAUUUGCGCAAGCUCAGCAAGGGGCCAUGGGACAGCAGGGUUCGGCUCCGUUUGAUAAUAAUGACCAACAGUUUAAUGCGCGAAAACGAACAUUUAAUGAUUCCCAGGGGGAUGAUCAGAGCCCUUACCAGAGAAAUGCGGAUAGGCCGCACAAAUCUGCUCGUGGUCGACGUGGCAGACCAGGAUGGGAUAGCCGGCAAAAUCCAAGUCCGCAUGGUCAAAGGUAUUCACCGAACAUGCCAGGUGGAUUUCGUGGUGGUCCUGGUACCCCACAGCCUGGUUUCCCGCCGUUCAAUCCUAACGAUCCCAUAGCGCAGAUGUUAAGCAUGUCUGGAAUUAAUUUCCCUCAAAUUCCAGGGAUGCCACCAAUGCCACCACUUCCGUCUCUUAAUGGGCAACCCCAACCUUCUGGCUCACCUCCUAAUAAGAUUGCCGAGAGAUGCAAGAAUUAUGAUAAUAUGGGGUUCUGUGUUCUGGGGAGUACCUGUCCCUAUCAACAUGGACAGGCCCUAUCAAAAGACGACGAGUACGAUCCUACAAAUUCCAAUAUCGUGUCCGGACAUUCAGCGAAUGGUGCCAAUGGACAUGGCACUAGUGGGCGUGGGGAUCGAGGCAGAGGACGAGGCCGUGGUCGUAACGACAGAGGAGGCCAUGGCUCACAGCGCCGUAACCGGGCUGAAUUCUCGCACGCCGGCCCUAACGAUGACAGGAGAAUCACAACGAUUGUCGUUGAACAGAUUCCAGAAGAUAAAUUCGACGAGGCUACUGUUCGGGAAUUUUUUUCUGAAUUUGGCGAGAUUACAGAGAUUACCAUGAAGCCGUAUAAACAUCUAGCGCUUGUCAAAUACGACUCCUACGAUGCAGCGCAUCGUGCGUGGUCGAGCCCGAAGGUCAUCUUUGACAACAGAUUUGUAAAAGUCUACUGGUAUAAACCCACAGAGUCGAGAGGCGACAGCAACGGCUUUAAGAAGACCUCAGCUGAUGAGCCAUCAUUCGACAUGGAAGCGUUUGAGAAGCAGCAGGCAGAGGCUCAGAAGGCUCAUGAAGAAAAAGUCAGGAAACGAAAAGAGACCGAAGAAGCAAUUUUGGAGCACAAGAAGAAGACAGAAGAGCUGCUGAAACGCCACAAAGAGGAACAAGCCAAAUUAUUGCAGAAGCUAGAAGCCAAGGGCGCUGGCAAAGAUACGGCUUCACCCGAAUCAGGAGUUUCAGCGAAUGACAAGACUGCCUCCCUUCGAGCCCAGCUUGCAUCUCUCGAGGCAGAAGCUAAGAGUAUGGGUAUCGAUCCUAACGCUCAGCCAGAAUCUCCGUUUGGCCGUGGUCGUGGUCGAGGCUAUGCCGGCUUCCGUGGAAGAGGUGGUUUCGCACCUCGAGCCCGCGGUUUUGACCCUUCAUUUCGAGGAUCCAGAGGCCGUGGAGUAUUCCGUGGCCGGGGAGGCGUGAUUCGCCUGGAUAACCGUCCUAAAAAGGUCGCAAUUUCGGGGGUAGAAUUUGAUACCAACCGUGAUGAGGCUCUGCGGCAAUAUCUUUUGGGAAUCGGAGAAUAUGAGAGCAUUGAUCCCAGCCCAGAUCGCCCAGGAGCUUUGAUAGUCUCCUUCAAGGACCGUUAUGUAGCUGAAAAGCUGGUCCAUGGCCCCUCUGAUAUUCCAUCCGUUGGUAAAGUUGAGUUCGCUUGGGUUGCCAACGCUCCGGUGUCCUCAACGCAGCCGCCUGGUGCUGCUGCAUCCGCCCUGAAAGCGAGUGAAGAUGUCUCUAUGACAGACAGCAAUGCCACAGCUGCGCCUGCACCGGAAAAGGAGCCAGCUCAUGAAGUUGACUAUGACGUGGCCGAAAUGGACGAUUCUUGGGCUGAUUGA